CACCGGGCGACAGCGAGGCGAAGCGGCUGCCACCGGGCGGGGGGACCCGAGAGCGGCGGUGCCCAUCGGGUGCGAGAGCCAGGAGUCAGAGCAUGGGUUGUGACUGUGAAGUCUUUGACAAGAGACCUGGGAACUGAAGGACUCUGGCUAGCCUGUGUGCUAGUAGAGCUAUCUUAACAGGCUAAAAAUCAAAAUGGAGUCACUGGAGUACUGAGAAGUGUGGAUGGGCCUCCAUGGGAAUCUACUAGUUCCUGGAAUCCAAGUGUAAAACCCAGUCCUGAGCAAGGAACGGAUGCCGGUUCUCUCUCUCUAUUCAGAUAAUCUGGAGUCUGCUUGACCUCUCCUUUGUACUGUCUUCAAAUAUUACAUGUUAACAUGAAGUGACUAGGUUUAAUAUUCUACAUAUAGCCCAAAGAAAUCUGUUCAAGUUGUCGUCUGUCAACUGGGUAGAUAUUUUGUGUAAAAAGACCUCCAUGGGUGUGGCCGAAGCACUUUCUGGAAUUCCUCAGUGUGAGAGAGCUAUCACAUACCUUUUUAUGGAGAAAAUAUUUGUGUCAGAUAAACUCCAUUCAGGCUUGACUUACUGUGCUAUUGACCCUGAAUCAACAAUGUUUAUUAAAUACGGUAUCUUCAGACACAAAAGUACUCCAAAUACAGUGUGAUGGUUACUUGAAUUUCCAGUAGAAGAACAGAAAUGCCACCAUCACCUAGUGCUCCGCCCCCGAACCCAAUUCCUCCUGAUGGAGGGUGGGGUUGGGUAGUUGUUGGAGCAUCUUUUAUCUCUAUUGGAUUUUCAUAUGCUUUCCCCAAAGCCAUCACAGUGUUCUUCAAAGACAUUCAGCAAAUUUUCAACACUACCUACAGCGAAAUAGCAUGGAUCUCAUCCAUCAUGCUGGCUGUGAUGUAUGCAGGAGGUCCCAUCAGUAGUAUCUUGGUGAAUAACUAUGGGAGUCGACCGGUCGUAAUACUUGGAGGGCUACUCUGCUGUGUAGCCAUGAUCCUGGCCUCGUUCAGUACCUCUGUAAUACAGCUUUACCUCACGGUCGGCUUCCUUGGAGGUUUAGGCUUAGCCUUCAACCUGCAACCAGCCUUAACAAUAAUUGGCAAAUACUUCUACAGGAAGCGGCCCAUGGCGAAUGGAUUGGCCAUGACCGGGAGUCCUGUUUUCUUAAGCACAUUAGCUCCUUUCAAUCAGUACCUAUUUAAUACUUACGGCUGGAAGGGAAGCUUCUUGAUUUUGGGAGGAAUAUUUUUGCAUGCCUGUGUGGGUGGGUCUCUCAUGAGACCCGUUGAUCUCAAAGAACAUACUUCUCAGUCUAAAAAUACGAUUGCUGCAAAAGAAGAUUCAGGUAUAAAGAAAGCCAGUAAGGCAUCAACAAUAGGCAAGAUUAAUAAAUAUUUAGAUUUCACUCUUUUCAAGCAUAGAGGAUUUUUGAUCUACCUCUCUGGAAAUGUCAUUAUGUUUCUAGGGUUUUUUGCCCCUGUUAUUUUCUUGGCUCCAUAUGCUAAAGACAGGGGAGUGAGCGAGUAUUACGCAGCCGCCUUGCUGUCUGUGAUGGCUUUUGUUGACAUGUUCGCUCGGCCUAUUGGAGGACUAAUUGCAAACUCCAAAUUAGUCCGACCCCGAAUUCAAUACUUCUUCAGCCUUGCAGUAAUGUUCAAUGGAGUCUGCCAUCUCCUAUGCCCCCUGGCAGAUUCCUACACAGCCUUGGUGGUGUACGCUAUAUUUUUUGGCUAUGGAUUCGGAAGUGUUAGCAGUGUCCUGUUUGAAACUCUGAUGGACCUCGUUGGUGCUGCGAGAUUUUCCAGUGCCGUGGGACUUGUCACAAUUGUGGAGUGUGCCCCAGUUCUUCUCGGUCCACCUCUUGCUGGUAAACUGGUGGAUAUAACUGGAGACUAUAAAUACAUGUACCUAGCCAGCGGGGCGAUCGUGGUAACAGCAAGCAUAUGGCUGCUUAUUGGCAAUGCUAUAAACUAUAGACUGCUUGCUAAGGAAAGGAAGAAAGAAAAAGGAAGAAGGAAGAGGUCAGCUAGCCCCUCCAAAGAGACGGAACCAUUGAGCAAAUCUAAACACGAAGAACUUUCCGUCGAGGUUUCAAAAGUACACAGUAUUCCUUCAGAGAAAGGACGAGAAAAAGAAAGAGAAAGUAAUAUUUAACACAGAGCACAUCUCCAAGUUCAGUGUUUAGAACUCUAUUUAGGAGUUUCUUUUGUUCUUCAAAAUAUUGGAAAUGAUUUUAACUGAAACAAGGCAUCACAACGAAUAACGAGAAAACUAUUUUCCUCAAUGGGUUUAGAAAUUCAUGUUUUAAAAACUUAUUUGGGUAGUUAAAUUUUAAGAGUGAACCCAUGCAAUGGGCUUAUUUCUAUACAAAUCAGGG